CGGGUGCGGAGGCGCAGGUGCCGCUGCCGCCCCGCGCGGCCGCCGCGCCGCUAUUGGCCGAUACCCCGCGCCCGCCGCCGAUUGGGCACGGCGCACGUGCGCUGCCUACCCGCCGCCACCUGGCCCGCUCCGCCGGGGAGCCCUUAUAAGCCGCGCGCUUCCCUCACCGCACCACUCCGACUACGGACACCGAACUGUCAAUGCGUACACGACUGUCGCGUCUCGAUCGCCGCUCUAAUACGACUCCGGCGCAACUUGCAAUGAUUGGACUGUAAACUAUAGUGAAUUGUGAUACGUUAAAAAACUUUUUUUUAAAGUUUAGAACCUAUAAGUUUAAGUGUUUGUGAAUUAGUGCAAGAUGCUUGUGGAGGAUACUCAGACGUCUAGAUUCAUGACGAAGAAUUAUGCACAUUGUCCGCUGAAGAAGCGGCCAGUGUUGGUGCGGGAGGAGCGACCGGCGACACCGCCCACUACGCCGCCGCACCCCGCCCACCUUGCUACGCGCUUUUAUAACGAUUAUCAUUAUAAUAACGAAAAUGAUGAACCAGAAAACCUUAGUACAAAACCUGAAGAUCUGUCUAAGACUGGCAACUACCCAAGUAAAGCAUCAUCACCCGUAGCAACGACCGCCGUUAAAGUGGAACCUCGUGAAUGGUCACAUCAUCAACUAGAAUAUCUUGCGGCUUGCCGAGCUCGCCUCGAACCGGCACCCGCCGAAGUAGCCCGUCCUACACCACAAUAUGCAUACAUACCAACACUGUAUGCGCCUUAUCCUCUAGAAGAACUUUACCCCACAGCACCAGCGCUCUCGCCACCUACUCAUGCACAACUCUACUCCCGUUACUCACCCGCAUCACCGCCGUCAUCUUGUUCACCUCCACCUUGCCCUGAAGACUUACGCUCACCUGGAUCAGUAUCAUCAGACUCUGGAGUGUCAGUAUCGGCGCCCCGACGCCCGCGCUACCAGUGCCCCGAUUGUGCUAAGUCUUACUCGACUUAUUCUGGACUCACGAAACACCAGCAAUACCACUGUGCUGCAGCAGAAGGUAGCCUCGCAAGAAAAUCCUUUAGUUGUAAAUACUGCGCUAAGGUGUACACCUCUCUGGGUGCACUAAAAAUGCACAUUCGUACUCAUACUUUGCCCUGCAAAUGUCAUUUGUGUGGAAAGGCUUUCUCGCGACCAUGGCUGUUACAGGGUCACAUUCGUACUCACACGGGAGAGAAACCCUUUUCCUGCCACCAUUGUCGCCGCGCUUUCGCCGAUAGGUCCAACCUAAGAGCUCAUUUACAAACGCACUCUGACGUUAAGAAGUAUUCAUGCUCGGGUUGUGGGAAGACGUUCUCACGAAUGUCAUUGUUGAGCAAACAUUUAGAAGGUGGAUGUGGAACUCCCGGAAGCGGCCCCUAUGAGUACCGGCCCGAAGCGCUCCCGCCGACGAGCCACGGCCACCAGCCGCUGCCGCCAGCCGCCACAAUUCAUGCCUAUUAAAAAGACUGAGUUCCACACGAUCCACGAUCUCGUACUUUAGAUGUAGAUAUACACUAUCACUCGCUGUUGUUAAAUUAAGUCGUAAUUAUUUAAUUCUAAAUUAUUUUUGUAAAUGAUUAAAAGUUUUUAAUUUGUGUGUGUAAUGUUAGAAUGUUAAGCGUUAUGUAGGGACCACAAUGUACAUUUUGAUACUGCUUAGAAUCUAAGCCAUACAUUAUAAAUUAGUGUUAAGUUUCAGUUGCGUCAACCGCGACUUCACUAGUCAUGUGGCAUUUGCCGAGUGUCAUACACUUAUUAAAUCUAUAUAUUGUAUCCUAAGCCAUGUACAAAGUGCCUUAAUUAUAAAAAAAUGAUUAAUAUAUUUGUCAAAAAUUUAUAAUAGUCACAAGACGCUAUUAUUAUAUAAAUUAUAGACUACACGAGGCUAUAAAGAGCCGGUUGCCGUAUCGCGUUCCUUUCUGUUACCUCUUAUAUAAACACAGAAAAUAAAACAUGCAUACAAUGAAAUGAAUC